AUGGAUGUAGAAUUAUUUGAAGAUCCAGUUGAAAAAUUAAAAUAUAAUAUUAUAACAGAGGAACCAAAUGCAUUAAAUAAAUUUUUACAAAUUCAAAAACAUAAUUUUACAGAUGCCAAACGUUUCAUUUCAUUAAAGAGUAAAGGGCCAGAUAGUGCUAAUAUUAGAAAUGAAUUAAAUCAAAAGAAAAGCUUUCCAUACAAAACAGACUCUGUCAAUGCUGGUGAUGCUUUUUUAGCAAUUGCAUAUAAAUUUUCAGAUAGAUUUAAUAUUGACGAGUUUUUAAGUUGCAGAAUUUUAUAUCAUAUAUUCGAACAUAGUUCAACCAGAAAUGAAAUUCAAUUAUUAGAACAAUCUGAAAAAUUUAUUUUUCAAAAUAGAUCAUGUUAUUUACAAUUUCUAAGAGAAAUUUUAUUUACAUUACAAGGCGAAGUUGGUUCUAAAUUAAAGCAUGAUACAUUACAACAGUUUGUUGGUGAUUUAAUUUCAGAACAAAGCAAUGAAAAGAAUAUAUUAAACAUUUUAAUUAAAACUUUAGAAGAAAAAGUAUCAUCAAUGAAUGUUACAGCAAAUCCAUUAGAAUGCUCCUAUAGAAUUAAAGAAUGUACACAAAUCGCAGAAACCUUGUUUUUAAUUUCAGUUCAAUUUACAAUUAGAGAAGAUAUUAUUAAAUUAAUUAUCAGAUCAUUAAAUUUAUGUAUAGAAAAACAAGUUGAUCAAAUUUUAAAGAAUUCAUUAUUUGAAAUUAUAUUUUUACAAUACUUCACACUCUUUUCAAUUUUUGAUGGCACAAAAAAUAGCAGAGUUUAUAAUCCAAUUGAAAAACGUUUUACUCAUAAUCACAUUGAACGUCCAGACGAAAUUGAAAAUGAAAUUCAACAAAUUCAACAAACUCAAGAUAUUAAACCAUCAUUAUUAUUAAUUUAUAAUCUUGUUUAUAAAGAUAUUAAAGGUGAUAGUGAUAGAUUUGGUAACCAAGGUAUUUCAAAUAAAUUACCAUUUGAAGGUGAUCCAUAUAUAUUUUUGUUAAAUGUUGUUCAAGCUAAAGAAUUUCAAGUUUCACAAUUAACUUUAUUUUUAAGUUCAUUUAUAAACAUUUUAUCUUGUAAAUAUAUAACAUUUUUACCAGAAAAGCAAUCUAUUAGAUUAGCUUCAAAUGCUGAAGUUGUAAAUAAUUUUAAUUUUGUAAUGGCAAAUAUUUUUGAUAAUCAAUUAAUAAAUUCACAUGAAUUUUGGAGAAGAGGUGAAGAAACUGGUUAUUUUGGAAAUUAUUUAUGGUUCCAAAUUCCAGAUCAUAUUAUCAUUUCAUCAUUUAGAUUAAUGGGUUCAUUAGCAAGAUCUAAUACUGUUGAAGUCUAUAAUUUCUUUGCUACCAGUGGCCAAUUUUCAUGGCAUAAAUUAUUCCAAGAUAUAAAUUCCUACGUCAAAAGUUUGAAUGGUUCAAAUAGUUUUGAUAUUGCCCCAAAAGAUAUCGAUGUUUUAACCAAUAUUUUGUUAUUAGUAGCCCGUUUAGUUGAAUCUUCAAUUCAAGUUUCUGUAAUGAUCACAAAAACCCAUCCCAUAAUUGGUAUUGCUGUUCAAUUUUCACUUUUCCAAGUCGAGACCAAAUUAAAAUCUGCAGCAUUACGUCUUAUUACAGCAUUUUCAAAAUACACCAAUUAUUUAGGCGAUAUUUGGAAGUUUUGCACAAUCGAUACUCAAUUACUCAGGAUUGGUCUCUCUUUAACUGGUGGUUCAAAUGAUUUACCAAUUGCUCAACAAUCAUUAGAGUUACUCUCAACUAUUAUUCACAACUCCUCAAACUUUAUUUUUGACAAAAAUAGUUCAGAAAGUGUUAGAUUAACCAACUAUUUAGAUCAAUGUAUGGAACUUUUUAAUUUUAUCGACAACAAAUCAUUCAACAACUUUGAUGAAAAGUGGAAAUUUGCUUUAUCUAUCGUAAAGAUAUUUGAAUAUUGCCUUAAACAAUUCAAUGCCUCUGGUGUUAAUAAUUGUGUCAUUGAUAAAUGCCAUCCAGUUUACAAAUUAUUUUUUGAAUUAAACAGAAAAUCAAAAACUUUAGAAAAUAUUAUAAAGAUUAUUGACUUUGCUAAUGAUCAAGCUUCUCACAUCAAAAAUACAAUCGAUAUACAACAACAAGAACAACAACAACAUUACCAACAACAACUUUUAUCAUCAAACUCUUCACCACAACAACAACAAUACCUUCAACAACAAAAAAAUUUAUCAGAAACCAAUUAUUACACAUUACAAGUGUUACAAGAACAAAAGCAACAAGAUAACGAAGUUUUUAGAGUCCUCUUAAAUAAAUGUUUAGAUAUUCUCUUAUUAGUCUCUGAUAGUACCGUCCUUUCAAUUGAUGAUGCCAAGUGUUUGGUUUCAAAUCUUUCAAAUAUGAAUAAAUCUAAACCAAUCGUCUCAAUUACCAAAUUAAUCGAUUAUGAAUCACCAGCAGUUGCUCUUAGAGCUCUUAGAUUAGUUUAUUCAUUCGAAACUUAUACUCGUCGUAUUUCAACAGUUUUCCUUGAAAAUAAUCCGGAUGAUAUUAUUCUAAGAUUUGUUAAGAUGAUGGAAUACAACGAAACUAACUUUGAAGAUUUCUCAGGUAGUGUCUAUACCCAAUAUGUCAAUUUUGCAUUAUAUACAUCAAGCUCAGUUCAAUGGACUAUCGCUCAACUUAUUCUCCUUUGUCUCUCAGAGUGCCAACCAAAUACUUAUACCCUUGGCCACUUCCUUUUAGGCUGUUGCUCAAAUAUUGACCUCUCUAAAGAUUUUGUACCAAAUAGUAGAAGUUGUUUAACUCUUAUUCUAAAACACGUUCAAGAUGCCCAGUUUGUUGAACGUUAUCCACAUUUGGUUGAAUGUUUCCAUGAAAUUAUUUACAAAAUGGUUAAAGACCCAGUCACCUAUUCACCAAUGCUCAAGUUUAUCAAUGAAGAAUACCCAUCAUAUUAUAGAAAUUCAAUGGAAGUUUUAACAAACUCUAUUGCUAUCAAUGGUGGUUCAGAAAGAAAGCUUGAAACUUUAAUUUCAUCUUUAUCAUGGGUAUUAAACAGUUGUGCAAUUUCAAUUCAAAAUUAUUUUUCACUCGAUAUGAAACAAUUCCUUUCAAACUACAUUUUCCCAGCAAUGAAUAUUCAUUCAACCAUGAUGAUCAUGUCAUCAAUUAAUGUACUUACUCUUUAUAACACAAUAGAAUAUCCAAUGGCUAACCUUGAAGUUAGCCAACCAAGACUUUUCUCAAUUUAUCCACAACUUGACUCCAAUAAUUGCGCAAAUUCACCAAUUUUCCAAACCUCACCUAAUGGCAUCACAUUAUUAAAUAUUCCAAAAGUCCGUGAACUCUUAGAAAGUGACCGUAACAGAUUCUCAAAUCAAUUCGAAAUUGACAAAGAGUUAGAGGAUUGCUGCUAUUCAAAUUUAACUUAUCAAUUGGUCAACGCUAAAAAACGUGCUUUAGAAAGUUGGAAAUCAUUUGUUAUGGUAUCUCUCUGCCAAAAUACCAUCGAAAUUGAAGUAUUGGACGAAAAUUUAUUACUCUCACUUUUACAAAGAAUUGUUACAGAUUUUGCUAAUGAACGUAAACCAGUCGAAUCAUGUUUGGCCAUUGGUAAUACCAUUACAACCAUUCUUUCAAUUUUAAAAGAUAAAAAACAAAACUAUCAAUUAUUUUCACAAACAAUGUCCGCUGGUGAAAAUGAUAUUAUCGAACAAAAAAUGAAAUUAAUUUUAGAGGGUCUCUUACAAGCUGUAUUAAAAUCACCACACUAUAUCAUUAGAGGUCUCAGUUAUAUCUGUCUCAUUCAAUAUUUAGAUUUAACAGAGCAACCACCAGCAGCCUCAUCUUCAUCUUCGUCACCAUCAUCACCAUCAUCAUUACAACAACAAGAGCAAAUUCAAUUAAUUAAUGAUUUAAAUUUAAAUUUGGUUUCUAAAAUUGAAGAUAAAUUUAUUCGUACCCUUUCAUCAGAUUGUACUUCAUUCAGCCGUGGUUGGAGAAUAGCCGCUUUAAGUUGUCUUCAAGCAAUACUUUCAGUUGAUAACUUGUGUGGUCAUCGUACUUUAUUAUUCCUUCAAAACAAAGGUUUCAUUAUUAAUAUGAUAGUCUACACCUCAAAUUUCUUAAGUAAUGAUUGGGAAAAUAUAGAAUCAAAAGAUCUUUAUGUCUAUAGAUCCCAAAUGUCACUUCUCUUAAAAAUAAGUCAACAAAUGGAUGGUGUUCAUAUUUUAAUUAACAACGGUGUAAUCAAAACUUUUGUAGAUUCUUCAUUCCUUAAUUACAUUCCAACCGAUAAGAUCUCCAACAAAUUUUCAGAAAUUUUAUUACCAAUUCUUAAAUUAUUCGCUUCACUCUGUCUCUACUAUGGAAAUCAUAGUAAUCAUUCCGGUCAUCACAACGAUAAACACGAAAUUUAUCAAGAUAUCUUCAAUUUCCUUAUGAAUCAUUCAGAGCUUUUCACAAUUAUUUUAUCAGAUAACAACAAGGAAGAAGAAUACUAUACUUACAAGAAUUUAGAAAUAUUAAAAUUAACCUGUUAUCUCUUUUCUAAGGUUUCAUUUGUAUUCUUUAAAAAACAAUCACAACAAGAUCAAUCUAAAGAAAAAGCUAGAUUCCUCAGAUUCCAUUACUGCUUAACCAAUCUUUUAAUUAAAUACUCUACCAAUAGCAAAAAAAUAAUUGAAAAAACCAUUCCAGAUGAUAAAGAUCAAGAAGAACUUGCUUCUAAAAUCGACUUUAGUUAUUCAGCAGCAAACAACAUUAAACACCAUGAUGCUUUAAACAAAAAGAAGAAUCAAUUCCAAAUUUUAAUUAAACAAAUGAUCUGUUCAAUUACUCAUGAUCUUCUUAUGUAUUGCAGAAAAGUUUCCAUUUUAACUGAUCAAAGAAUUGGGUUUACUUGUUUCAAUUCAAAUUUAAAUAUUUUAAAUUUCGGUAGCAGCUUUUCAAGAUCAAAUCAAAAUAGUAUGGUCUCAAACCCAUCUGGAUCAAUUUCUUCAAAUUCUAAAUUAUUACCAUCUUUGGAUUUAGCAAUCAACUUUUUAAUUGAUAAUAUAAUUCAAUAUACUUUUUAUAAAAUGGAUUCAAACCAAUGCCAAAAAUUAUUGGAUAACUAUGAACAAUUAACCUAUGUCCAAUAUCAAGAAAUUCUUCAAAACUCUGAUACUCUUACACCAUCUCAAAGAAAUCAUAUGGUUUUAAAUAUUUUGAAACAGAAAAUCAAUGAUAUCGAAACUCAAAUCUCAACCAUUUUCGAUAAUAUUGAAUUACUUUUAAUUUUAAUUGUAACUCAUUCCUACUAUUUCAGUAAUCAAUUGGGCAUAUUAUUCCAAUCAAAUCAAAUUUCACCAGUUUUAUCAUCCUCACAAUUCAAUCACAACAAUAACAGUAAAUUUGAAAUUAGCGAUUUAAAUAAUAGUACCAUCGGUAAUAAACAGCAACAACAACAAACUACAAAUAGAAAUGGUGACGUAUUUUUACAAUCAAAACCACACCAAAAUGGUGGUGUUUUAUCAUCAGUUUUCUCAAUAUUUAAGAGCCAUCAAGAAAAUCCACCUAAAAUCUCAAUGAAUCAAACUCCAGCUCAAAACCAACAAUCAUUAACUAAUAGCAGAAUGGUUUUACCAUUACAACAAUCUCAACUUUCCCAACCACACACUCCACCACAAUCUGAAUUAUCAAAUCAAGAAAUUGAUACAUUCCUUAAACGUUUAAAACAAUCCAUUUUCGAUAGAGAAAUUAAUCAACUUGGUGGUAUUAAAUUAUCUGAUGCAAUUUUAAAUCGUUUAGAUAAAAAAUCAACCAUUAUUGAUUUAAUGCUCAAAAAAUUACAAGAUUUAACAAAAUAA